UUGGCCAAAAUACUAGAUGACUCCGGGCAACACGUGGCCGCUCAAAAACUUCGAGAAUAUAAUACACCCAAGAAAAUUACAGAAUUCUCUAACAAUAUUGAGCUACCUGUCCAAACUACGAACAUUAUUAGGUCAGGUCAGUCCCGGUGGUUUCCCAUGGACGGCAUUCCCAGGGGAAAGGCGUUAAUAUUUGUCAGUAUUUGGAAACUCCUACCGGAAGCCAAACGAUUCGCCUCCAUAUUCGAACAGUUGUACUUCGAUGUGGAGAUUCAUGCAAUCAAAUCGUGUGGAGAAAUGCUAACUGUUUUAAAGGCUGUAUCACAGGAGGCAUACCCUGAAAAUGCCCUCAUUGUCAUGUAUAUUGGACAUGGAUGUGAUGAGAGGAUCUGGAUAUCCAAUGAGGAACAGAAAAGGAUUUGUGAAAUUGUCAAAAACGCCCACACCUUGCGAUCGGGCGCCUCCCGUUGGUUCGUUAUGGACAGCGCCCCCAGGGGGCAGGUAAUCGUGUUUCUACAGCUGGAUGAGCUCAAAAAGGAGGCAGAUCGUUUUAACCACAUUUUCCAACAGUUAUACUUCUCGGUCGAUAUUCACGUGAACUACUCGUGCGACAAGAUUCUGGACACUCUUAAGCACGCCUCACGACAGGAGUUCAAAAAGGAUGCCCUGAUUGUCAUGUUUAUAGGCCAUGGUCACGAUGAAAUGAUCCAGGGUAGUGGUCACGGCCAGGAUGAGAUUCAUAUUAAGAAACUCAUCGAUCAGUUUUCGGAAAGGAAUUGUCACCCGUCUCUCAGACCUAAGCCCAAGAUUUUUGUGUUCAAUUGCUGCAGAAUUAAGACUGACAUUAGUUUGGAAGAUAAACGGAAGUCCAUUGACGGGGAGUGGAUGGACGGCACCACUCGCACCUACAUCUGCUAUGCCUGUGCCGAGGGCAUUCAAGCGUUUUACUCGACCAGUGGAUACACUUUAUUUGGACAGGCAUUCAGUCAUUGUAUCGCCGAAUACGCAUGUGAUUCCAAUUUGACACAAAUAUUUAGCAAGACAUGUGAGGAAUUGAACCGGGCUGAUAUGCCACAACGCCCCGAGCUGACUAUGAAGAAUGUGGACAGGGACUUGUACUUUAACCCUGGUCUAUUUAAAGGAUAAUUGCAUU